AUGCCUCGAAGCCAGCCGAACGGUAGAAGGCGCAGGCGGCACCGGGGCACGUGCCUAGUACGAUACCCGAGGGGUAUUUAUUUUCGUUCGCACCUCACUCCCCGCCAAGUUGCGUUGGCGAUUGAGAAACGGCGGCGCGGAGUUGCCACGAUGACCUUAUCCGGGCGUCAGAACCACGGGCUCAGGGUGGGAUGGCGUUGGCGGUGCGUGGGCAAAAUUAGCGGCCGCUCGGGCGGGAAGCGGCGCGCG